CGUCAUUAUGGCGCCUUCAAGCGGGCACUUGCUGCUCCCAAAAUUUUGGAGAGCGGCUAGGUUCGCCUACGAGAAGGCCUACAAGGCCGUUAGAUCCAAGCUACCAGAACCGACUCAACAGGUACUUCGUGUCCAACCAGCGUAUGCGCGUAUCACUCCUCGACAGCCCAUAAACCGUGCUGCUGCUAUCCGCCAAGCCCGGAGCCGUCCCUUCUCAACCCGUGCGGCGAGUUCGUUUAUCUCGUACAUCCGGACUGGACUCCAGGGUGAGCGUUCUGCUUAUCCGCCAUCCCGCGUUGCCACCAAUGUUGGCCGUUUAACUACCCGUGCGCCGUUUGCGUCGACGCUCCGUCCGAACUUGACCGGAGGUACUCUGGGCCGUACGGCGGGUGGAUACGCCUUUGGUGCUGGCCGUGUUGGGGGACAGCGGUUUUUCUCGCAUGGACCAGCUGCUCCUGCUCAGGUUAUCAACAAUGUGUCUGCUGGUGUGCGGGCUUUCUUCCUUUCUGGACAGAAGCUCCGCUUCGAUGGCAUUGACCCGAUCUCCGGCAACAAGCGGUACAAGGCCGUGAGCAAGAUUCAGGACCAGGCUGAGCACCAGAUGACCGCUAUCCCUCGCACUGCUCCUGGUUCCCACAUUGACUUUCAGCUUUCGCCUACCAUCACUGCCAUGGGCGCGAUGGCCGGUUUCCAGAAGAAGUCUACCUCGGCUGACGUUGAGAACCUUAACUCGGAGGGUCUUAUGGACAUGCUCUCUGUCGACUUUGCUCGUGCGCUGAAGGACUUUGCCGCUGUGCUUAAUGAUCUCAAGCGUCUGAGUUCGUUGGGUGAUUUGCCUAUUGAGCAACAUGAUAGAUCAACGAUCCGCGUGCGGUUUCCUGGGUGCGAUGCGGAGACGGUCGAGCGCCUUUGCGACGAAGUCGGAGUCCAGCGAGGCAGGAUUGUCCAGGAUGAAGACUUCGAUCUCCAUACAGGCUCUGAUCUGGCUCUUCGUUUCCCAUUUGCGCCCAGUGUUCCAGCAUCGCCAGAAAUGGAGUGCUUUUUCCAGAGUGAAGCUUCACAGGUCCCCGAAGAAGUCGACUGGAAGGCAAUGAUGUCCUCGGAGAACAAGUCAGCUUCAUCCCGAGCAUCAUCGAAGCAAAUCAAGAACGAAUUUGUUCUGGCAGACUUAGAUAUGUUCGGCUCGAAUCCAUGGAAAUCAGAUUCGCCAUCGGAAUACUCGAGCAUCAACAUAAGUGACCUUGGUGGCCGUGCUUACUUCCCGGAGGUGUCCAGUGCUGGCGUUCCCAGUAGUACUUCUGGCUACGACAGUAUGCAAGGUAUCCAUAGGUUUAUAGCAGAGUGUGACCAAGCCGCGGUGCGUCAGUAAUUGCGUUGUUUUCAGAUUGACAGCUAUAUCCGCUCGCUUGAUUUUCUUAUGUUAUUCGUCGUGAUUAUAUUUAGUACUAUACACAUCUUGCUGCAUUUAUGAAAUUGAAUAUAUCUCUAUAUCAGCAUCUCUCCC